UUCAGCUGGUUUACUGCGUGGUUAUUAUCAGUCUCUCUCUGGAUUCUUGGAUGGCUGCAAAUACAGCACUUCAGGGUAAAUGGAGAUUUGCUAAAACACCUGAGCUUACAGUCUGUCUGUGAUAUUUGAAGCUGUGUGAUCUGGUAGAAAAAUACAUGUUUCGCCAUGCUAAUAAAGACCGACCUCGGCCUUCUGUAAAGGAGUAGGGUGACAUUUUGUGGAAAUUAAUGCCCACUCAACAGAAUUUCAGACUCAACUGAAACCAUUCAGCUUUUUUGCUAAUUUCUGCAGGCACAUUGUUAUCACAAUGAGUGGCUUUUUUUCAUACCUGGACCCAAGGCGAAUCCAGUGGGGUGCUACCUGGAAUGCCUUUAAUUCACGAAUUUUGCGCACAAAACCUGUGGAGUCUAUGUUGGAAGGAGCAGGCUCUGCUGUGCCUCAAAGUACUAAACUGGCACGAGUUCUAACCACUGUGGAUUUGGUGUCGUUAGGAGUUGGCAGCUGUGUCGGUACUGGAAUGUACGUUGUAUCUGGGCUGGUUGCUAAAGAAAUGGCAGGACCAGGGGUUAUUGUUUCUUUUAUCAUUGCAGCUGUGGCUUCUAUUUUAUCAGGUGUAUGUUAUGCUGAAUUUGGAGUACGUGUCCCUAAAACAACAGGCUCUGCAUACACUUACAGUUAUGUUACUGUUGGUGAAUUUGUAGCAUUUUUCAUUGGGUGGAACCUGAUUCUGGAGUACCUAAUUGGCACAGCUGCUGGUGCAAGUGCUCUCAGCAGUAUGUUUGACUCACUCGCCAAUCAUUCUAUUAGUCGAUGGAUGAUCGAUAACAUCGGAAGUUUAAAUGGACUAGGCAAAGGAGAGGAGUCCUAUCCUGAUCUGCUAGCCUUGGUUAUUGCAGUCCUUGUGACAGUCAUUGUUGCUAUGGGAGUUAAAAACUCGGUUGGAUUUAACAAUGUGCUGAAUGUCAUUAACCUGGCAGUGUGGGUCUUCAUAAUGAUAGCAGGAUUAUUCUUUGUAAGUGGCAGCAACUGGUCAGCAGGGCAGUUUCUGCCAUAUGGAUGGUCUGGGGUAUUACAGGGUGCAGCAACAUGUUUUUAUGCAUUUAUCGGGUUUGAUAUUAUUGCUACCACUGGGGAAGAAGCCAAGAGUCCUAACACAUCCAUACCUUAUGCUAUCACAGCCUCACUAGUCACAUGUCUGACAGCUUAUGUGUCCGUGAGUGUUAUUUUAACACUGAUGGUGCCAUAUUAUGCCAUUGAUGCUGAAUCCCCACUUAUGGAGAUGUUUGCUGUCCACGGAUUUACUGUUGCAAAGUACAUUGUCGCUAUUGGUUCAGUCGCAGGACUAACUGUCAGCUUGCUAGGAUCACUUUUUCCAAUGCCAAGGAUCAUUUAUGCUAUGGCUGGUGAUGGUCUUCUUUUUAGAUUUCUUUCCCAUGUAAGUUCCUACACUGAAACCCCUGCUGUGGCCUGCAUUGUGUCGGGAUUCCUAGCAUCACUCCUGUCCUUGUUGGUUAGUCUUCGAGAUCUAAUAGAAAUGAUGUCCAUUGGUACACUCCUAGCCUACACAUUGGUCUCUGUUUGUGUUUUGCUACUCCGCUAUCAGCCAGAGAGUGACAUAGAUGGUUUUGUCAAAUUUUUGUCUGAGGAACACACAAAGAAAAAGGAAGGCAUUAUAGCUGAUUGUGAGAAGGAAGUAUGUUCCCCUGUAAGUGAUGGCGAAGAUUAUUCAGGGACACCAACAAACACUUGUGGUGCAAAAAAUUUGCCAUCACUUGGUGACAAUGAAAUGCUGAUUGGAAAGGCAGAUAAAUCUAAGUACAAUGUGAAUCACCCAAAUUAUGGAACAGUAGACAUGACAUCUGGCAUAGAAGCUGAUGAAUCGGAAAACAUUUACUUGAUAAAGUUAAAGAAAUUGAUAGGCCCUCGGUAUUAUACACUGAGAAUACGUCUUGGACUGCCUGGGAAAAUGGACCGUCCAACUGUUUCUAGUGGUCGCACAGUCACUACCUGUGUUCUGCUGCUUUUUAUUUUAACAUUUAUAUUCUGUUCUUUUAUCAUUUUUGGAGCAGACUAUGUUUUUGACCAGAGCUGGUGGGCAGUCCUUUUAGUUGUCUUGAUGGUACUGUUAAUAUGUGUGUUGCUCUUUGUCAUCCUACAACAACCAGAGAAUCCUAAGAAGCUUCCCUACAUGGCCCCCUGUGUGCCUUUUGUUCCUGCCUUUGCAAUGCUUGUGAACACUUACCUCAUGUUGAAGCUGUCUACGGUCACAUGGAUACGCUUUGCUGUUUGGUGCUUUGUGGGUUUGCUCAUUUACUUUGGCUAUGGAAUGUGGAACAGCACAUUGGAGAUUAGCACACAAGAGGAAGCGUUACACCAAAGCACAUACCAGCGGUACGAUGUCGAUGAUACCUUUUCUGUGGAUGAAGGCUUCUCUUAUCCUGGAGACAGUGAAAAUUAUCCAGAGUGGGCAGAUACAAGAGAGAAAGCUUACUAUCAGCAAACCAUGCCUGAUAUUGUGGAAAAUAACAGAACAGGCAGCAAAUCAAAGCGUAAAGGGAAGCACAGUCAGAAAUCAGACACCUUAAUUGCAAAUGAUGAACUAGAUUACUCGCCAGAGUAACAUUAACUCUACUUUUUCCUUGGGCUAGAAUAUGGGAAUUUCAGUUGGUCAAGCAGUGAUUACAUGUAUUUUGAGUAAUAUAUUUAUGCUGGAGCAUGAUAACGGACAGCAAAGUGAAGCAGAACAGUCAAUGGAUGCAGUUUCUGUCCAAACUUUUUUUUACUUGUUGUGUAAACACCUGUGUACUAGUCAAUGCAUGACCAGUAUUGUUACAUGGAAAGAUGAAAAGCAAAAGUGAUUCUGGUUCUAAACUCCACUGCAUACUAAAUAUUUCAUAUGUCUGCCCUGCUCUGUAAUAAGAUUUUACAUACUGAACAGGUCUAGUUGCAAUGUUAAAAUAUGUGUUUGGUGCUGUCAGGACAGUAGCAAUGAUCAGAAGAAAGUCGUAAUUUCUAUGCCUUAUAAUAUUCUGCAUUCUGCUCCCAUUGGUCAUAUUUGGCUUAAAUACUGGCACCAGUCAAAAAUAUUAUAUUUUAAUUCCCAAUGGUAAAACUACUGGAAUUGUUUACAGUUCUGAAAAUGAAACUUAACAUGCUGUAACAUCAACCUGCAGUGCAGUAAAAUGCCAUGUGGAUCCAAUGACAGAAAACAUUAAAACACAGAGGUGAUCUGAUAACUGUUUUUGAUCCAGCACUGGUUUUGCACUGCAGAUACUCAAGAUUUAGUACUGUAGGAGCCUUUUACAGCAACUAGUUCAUUACUGAUAGUACAUAUAGUGCUUAAAAACUGACUUUUUUAGAAUGUCUCUUUUAGCUAAUGAGAAACCAAUUAUAUAUUCUGAGCUCAUGCACUAGCCUCCAGUGGGUAGUAAAGCACUAUAUUUAACAUUAAUAACUUGAAACCCUAUUGCAGCUAGCUUAUGUAGUCCUAAAGCCUGAGUAGCUGUGUUGUGAAACUGGUGUUAGUAAAAGUUAACACAUCAGCUCUGUGUUCCAGUGGACUGCAGUAACUGAGACUUGUGGUUAAAUAUGCGGGAUUACUAACCCUGGAUAAAAGAUCUUGGGAAGGACUGCAGGACAGUAGCUGCAGGCCGAGUAUAUCAAGUGUUCUGAAGGCAGCCAGACUAUUAACAAGAUAGUAUGUGUUUGAGAGGUUUGUGUAAAUGUUUGAUGUUUGAGAAAAAAGAGGUAUUUACACAUCUACUCAGGUCACAACUGAAGACUACACCAUUGAAAUGCUUGCCUACCCCAAGAGUUAAAAUAGAAGUAGCUCAGAGGAGAACAACAUAUAAUUUAGGGAACUGAAAUGAGAGCUGUUUAGGGGUGUCUGAUUGAUGACAAUAUAUAAUCUCUGGAAAGCAAAGUGGGUAAUAGUUACAUUAAACCACCUCUAAUACUCACUUUGAAAGAGCUGGUAAAAUGGGAACAAGGGAGUGCACUAUGAACCUGGAGUGGGAGAGGAUUGAAGUUCAUUUUACAGGACUGUUGGUUUCAGACUCAUAGUGUGUGAUGAGGGAUAGUGGGGAUGCUUGGGAAGGGAUAUGCAUGACAUAGCUACAUCACAUUGAUAUUCAGUAUAAUAAGACAGGAGCUAAGUAGGAAUAGUGAGAUCUGAGGUUGGGUAUAUGUAUGCAUGAACCUUGUACCAAUAUUUACAUAACCCACCUUACAAUCACCCAAACUAUCUUUUGUGAAGCUAUAAGAUGAGAAACAUUGGCUGAUUUCACCUCCUUGAAGGGAGUACACAAAGAUAGUGGUUGUUGAUAUACAGCAUAGUAACUUACCGCUAACUCCCAAAACAGGACUCAUUCUGAGGGGAUUCCAUUCUGAUAAGGCAGUGUACAAUGUACAAUCCAGCUGCAAUGGCAGACCAUGCAGUGUGCUUACAACAUAUUCUACCAUGUCAGAUACGUGCAAGAAUCUCUGUCCCUUAAUUAUUAACAUUAUAGUGCAAUAUCCUAAUAGAAAUCACCUCUAAAUGUGCUAAUUACAUUUACUUAUAUCAUUACAAUGCAAAGCACAUGAACCUAUAGUCCGUAUAAGAAGAUGAAUGCUCUUGCAUUUUGUAUGCUAACACAUUUAUUUAUAAAAGACUUGGUUUUGCUUGUAACCUAAAAUGUUACACAUGUAUAAAUGCAGAAAUUGAUAAUGUCUACUCAUGCACAGACUCACUCACUCUCUCUCUGUCUAACUUUCUGUCUCUCUGUCUCUGUCAUAGAUAUAUAGCAUACAAGUGUGCGUGCAUGUAUAUAUCUGUGUGAGUCUUUGGGUGCACAUGUGUGUGUGUGUGCACGUGCACACUUGUUUUUUUAUGUGCAUAUGUUUGUGUAUUUCACACAAAUCAACAAAGUGUGCAGCAGACAUUCUUUUAUCUAACAAGUUACUAAUGUACUCCACCACUGGUAACUUACUAGGACAGUCAUACCAGAGUAAGGUAGAAAUAUUAAAUUUUAUUUUAAAUGGAAAAUGACAUCAUUUGCCUACCUGUACUUCUGUUAAAAUUCAGUAUAUGUUACUGUAGAUUUACAGUAAUUGCAACCACCCACAUACAUAUUGCAUACGGUUAGAAUGCAGAUAUAAAUGCAAGGAAUAUUCAGUAUUCAUCACAUCUUCAUAGGCUCAUAUGAUAUUACUAGGCUAUCAUCCUGGAGGUCAUUUUAAACUUGGCCAUUUCAUCCCAAUGCAAUGCCAUAGAAAUGCUAGUCAAUACUCAGAUAUUCCUUUACUUUUCAAUCACAUGACACAGCUAGUCAUCAAGCCUGUCCCUUUGGUUCUACCUUCCAUGCACUUCAUGAUGUAUAUUUAUCAUAGUGUCCUAAUCCAAGUAUAACUUCAUUUACCUUGCAAUAGGAUUCAGUGUAUUACUAUGCUGUUCUCCUUCAGUCACCUUUCAUAGAGUGCCCUUAUCAGUGCCAAUCAAUCGGCUUCUGCAUCUGUGCCAGCUGAAGCAGAGAGUGACUUUUGGGAACUGACAGACGAGAUGUACUUCAUGCUGGUUAGAAUGCACCCAGCAUUCUCUGUAAGUAGGUUUAGCUGUAUAAAUGCACCUCAGAUGGGGCUGGUUCCUCAUUCGCAGUUUUCUACUCUUUUCUCAUUCAGUUUUUCCAAGAAAUGUUACUCAGGCUAACAAUAUUGCCCAUCUCGUGUUAAUGAACUGUGUGUAUCUGCCUUACUGCUGGCUUUUUCUUCAUAUGAAAGUUGCAUGCACUUCUGAUAAAUAGUCAGUAUUUACUGCUCUGUGUUUACAUACACUAACAGUAAAUCUCACUAGACUUUGGGGCAUAGGCUCUCCAGAGUGCAGAGCCUUAGAGGAGGGUGGCAUUUACAAAAGUAUAAUUAAAAUACAGCAAGACACCCAAACCAGCAGGAUUUGCUGCUGUUAAAUAUUUUAAAAUGAUAAUUAAAAUCUUUGUAGAUAAUUACAUCUUUUUGCCUUCAUUUCUGGUUCUAGUUGUCUCAGUAGUGCUAAAUUAUACUGGUGUCUGCUGUUGAGCUUGCAUGCAUCAGUGGCAUUCUGUACACUCAACCUGAGAGCAGAAUGCAUUUGUUUUUCCUUCUUAUAUGCAAUUUUUUUCAUUCAGUAUUGUUAGGUUCAUAAGUGAGUACUAGGCCAAUGACAUGGAGGGGGUAUCGUUUUUAAGCCUAGCUGUGCUUCCCAAAUGUAUCUGGCAUGUUUGGCUACCCAAGGGUUGUUUUAUGGGGUAUGUGCAGUUUUGGGCAUUGGUGGUCAUUUUGCAGGCUAGCUCUAUCUAUUAGAGACAUAUGGGCCAGACCAGGGGUAAAUUUCUGAUUCCCUAUCCACUAGUCUAUGUUAUGCUUGAAUUGGGUGAGGAAAGAACUCUGUCUGACAUGGAUGGGAAGCCUCUUCCAGAGAAGUGGUAGUCUCUAAGACACAUACCUGUCCCUCCAGCAUGUUAUGUUUAUGUUGGAGGUAACAUAUAUCCCUAGGUCAGGUCAUUCUGAUCCUAUUUGUACUGAGAAUGUGCAACAAUUCUAUCUAAGUAGGAUCAGAGGAUACUUUGUAGGCCAGACAUAGAUAACGUCUGUAGGAUAAUGAAUACAGAGCUAGGACUUUAAAGUGGCCCACAAAAGAUAUGUCAUUUAUGCCCUAUAUUCUUUUUGAAAGUAACCUCUAUGCAUGCUCCAACUGUUGCAUAUACCUGGCUAGGUACCUACAGAAGAGGGCCUUGUAGUCGAUUGGUCUGAUGAGGGUGGAGUACAGUGGAACAAUGACAUCCUUGGACCUGGAUGCCAUACUCUUGUUUAUAAGUUGUGCAGAAUAAAAUAAGUUCCUUACUUCCAUAGACACAUGACAGUUAAAGGCCAGGUCACUCUGUACAUGCAUACCCAUAUCCAUGAACACCAGGUCUACUCUUAGGGAUGUAAUCAAAGUGGUAGUUUACAGGGAUAGCCGCCUGCCCAAAGAAUAUAAGUAUGCAUUUCUUGGCAUUGAGUUGUAGAUCAUGGCUUUGGCACCAGUUAAUAUUUCUGUGUCUGGCCCUUUUGGAGGAUAGUUGUGUCUUUUGGGGAUUUUAUGACUGCAUCUGGUUUGCAAUCAUUUUGCAAACUUGGUCAACCAGACCCUUGAUGUGUUGGCCUCAACUUUAGUGAAGUAGAUGCCAAAAAAGAGUGGCCUCAAGCACUGAGCCUUGAGGGACUCCUCUAGUUAGUGGUCUCUUUGUGGAGGUAGACUUCUCCAUCCAACGUCUUGGGCCACAUCUGUGAGUCAGCUGGCUGUCCAGUGAGUGACAUAAGUUAUACCUAAUUUCAUGAGUUUGUCAACAAAGCCAUUGUGAGGUGUUGUGUUGAAUGCUUUGGCCAAGUCAGGGUAUGUAGUAUGCACCAUCAUUUGCUUGUCCAUUAUGUGACCUUCUCAAAGAGGUCCACUAAGCUGAGUAGGUAUGACCUGCCCUCAACAAAACCUAACUGGGUGGAUCCAUGAUCUGAAGGUUUCCUAUGUCAUUGUUUAUUAUCUCCAUGAUGCUUCUUUCCAUGGCUUUGCAUAUGAGACAAGUCAGACUUAUGGGUCUGUAGUUAUGUAGAUGGCCUAUUGUUGUGCAAAGGGAAAUGACAGUUGCAGUCCUCCCUUCACUUGGCACAAAGCUUUUUUAGAGGCUAUGGUUUAAAUAAUGAUUGUAAUGGUCCUUAUACAUCAUAUUUCAUGCUAGUAAGGAAGCUUCCUAGGAUAUUACUGGGGCCCAUAGAUGUACUGUUCUUGGCUUUGGAGAGUGCAUUGAGAACCUGUUCCUUAGCAAUAGUUAAUGAAGUUAUGGUUGCGAUUAUUUCCUGAGGGCUGUUUUUGGGCAUGGGGGGAUUGUAACUAAAUUUGUUGACCAGUAGAUUUGCUAUAUCUUCUGGAUCAGUAUAGCUGACUUAAUUUGCAAUUAGUUUGGCAUAUUGCUGGGUCUUUUGCUUUUGAGGUUGUGGACAUAGCUGAAGAAUGUCUUGAUUGUCCUUGGCCUGGGAGGGGGGGUCCUGUUUUUACCUCAGGCUUGGCUUUAGCAGACUUGAUUAGCCAAAGCCAAGCUGGACAUGGUACUUCCUAAUUGUUGCCUUAAUUGUCUUCCUUUUGUUAUACAGCCUCUUGAUGCUGGGAUUCCACCAGAGUGGCUUGCUUUUUGAGUUUGUCAUGGGCUUUUUCCAGAUAGGUACAGCUGUCUCUAUGCAGCUAUUAACAUGAUUGUACAGGGUUUCUGUGAACAAUUCCACAUAAGCAGCAGUUUUCUUAUGAUUUGGUUGGCUUGGAAUUUUGUAAGGGUAUCACUUAAUAGUAGGAAGUUUUCCUUAGAAUAAUUUCUAAAUGUACUAGAGUUAGCUGGGAUCCCAGAUUUUAUCUUUAUUUCAAAGCAGGCAGCUUUAUGCUGUGACCCGACAAGUGAUGAUGCUACAUUCUUCCAUGUUUGUGAGGACCAGGUGAAAGAUGUUGGCUCCCAUAGGGGGUGUAAGGACUAUCUGGUCCAGGGUAUUUGUGUUUACAAAGUCCAGGAAUCACUGGGCUUACCUGUUUGGAGUUUUGUGAUUUCCAGUUUACAGUGGGGUUGUUAAAGUCAGCCAUGAACAUGGUGUUGGGUUGAGUGGGGAGCAUCUCCAUUACAUUUAAGUAAGAGUUAUGGGUUUCCUGUGUCAUAUUGCGGACAUAUUGUAAUUUGGACAUAGAGAAACUCAAGCCCAUCAUACUGUUUGACCAGUCUUGAGGUGUGUUUUUGUUUUUGUUAUAAAUUCAGACAACUUCAUCAUUUGUCCCUUCCUGUGAAAUAGCUGGUCUAAAUGUAUGGAAGGCAUUACAGCCUUGCACUGCCAGGG